ACAAUUCCCAGAGUGCACCUCUGACAGCUUAUACUGUACAUGGCGUCUUGUCGAAGAAGACAAGAGGCAGGUCGCCUUCUGACACCCAGAUAGGCUGUCAGAUUUUUUUAAACGUGUCAUAAUGGAGGUGGUCACAUCCGUCGGUGUGGAAGAGGAGACGCAUUUGACGCGGCUGAGGUUCGACGCCGCCGUCAAAGUCAUCAAGAGUUUGCCCCCGGAUGGCUCAUUUCAGCCCUCCAAUGACAUGAUGCUGAAAUUCUAUAGCUACUACAAGCAAGCUACAGUGGGAAAGUGCAAUAUCCCCAGGCCUGGUUUCUGGGAUGCAGUGGGGAAAGCAAAAUGGGAUGCAUGGAACACUCUGGGUGACAUGACCAAAGAAGCAGCAAUGGCGGCUUACGUUGACGAAAUGAAGCUGAUCUUGGAGGGCAUGCCCAUGACGGGUGAGGUGGAGGAGCUCCUGCGGGUUCUCGGUCCCUUCUACGAGUUGGUGGAUGAGAAGAAAAAGAUUACACAGAUAUCAGACCUGAGCACAGCCCGUUUGACAAAGUUUGCUAGGCAGCUGGAAGGCUUCGGCACGGCCCUGAACACCGUGUGCUCAAAAAGCAUGGCGAAAAGCAUCGUUAGAAACAUGGAAUUGAACGGAACGUUGGAGACCCGGCCAGCCAAAAUAAUGCCAAAGGAUGAGGAGGAAAGCUCAGGUGAUGAAGAAGAAGAAGAAGAAGAGGAGGAGGAUGAGGAGGAAAGAGAUGCUGAGACGCAGCAGGUCAAAAAAGCUUCACAGCCGAAGAAGAAGGCGUCUGGCAGGACGCACAAAGCCGCAAAUGGCGGCGUCGCUCAUUUGACCAACGGCAGCCAUUCGCUUGGUCCUCAGGACGCCUCAGACGGUCGACCUCUGCUCAACGGCCACCAUGAGGAUGCCUGCACGGACGUGGCGGCUCUCACCCAGCUUGCGAGCGAUUCGGACAGCGAAGUGUAUUGUGACUCUGUGGACCAGUUUGGUCAGGAUGAGAGUGUAGAGCAAAACCGCUCUCUGGAUGACCUGGAGGAGGAGGAGGAGGAGGAGGAGAACUGUCAGGAUGUCCAGGGACCACCACAGAUGAUCAGGUGCGGAGGAGAGGAUGGAGAUGCUGGCAGGAGCAUUACGCAGAGGUCAAGGUUGAACGUGGUCAUGCCAAACUCCUCAGUCGGAGGCAAAAGAGGCUCCAGGUCCUCCAGUCAUGGCUCUGGUGCACUGAAGCCGGUACAUGACGGCGGAGAUGAUGGCGACGGCAGCCGUAGAGGCGGUGCGUCCACGCCCGGCGUCAACCUGAACGAGCAGAUAGUGGCGGCGCUGGCCCAGCUACAGGAUGACAUGAGGAGCGUCCUGGAGAGGCUCCACACCCUGGAAGCCCUUACUGCCACUCAGGCCAGGUCAGCGGCCAUGUCUCCUGUUCACUUGUCAACCACAGUCAAUAGGAACAUUCAGAAACCAUCCUGGUGGCCUUUUGACAUCUCUCCCACCAGUCUGGCCUUUGCUGUGGUCUGGCCGUUUGUGGUGCAGUGGCUCAUUAGCCUUUACCUGCAGAGGAGGAGAAGACGCCUCAACUGAAUCCCCUGUGACUUUCGGCAGUGGUUUCUCCCACUUGCAGCCCAGUAAUCAUUUGCUUUUGCACUAAGAAGACGACGAAACUCUUGAGAAAACAUGUCCUAUGUGUGUGUGGUGUUAAAAGAAUGUCUUUUGCGCUGAGGGAAAUCCACAGAAUGAUGGCUGUUUCCAUAGUAACUAGGGCUUCUCUGCACAAGUGGGCCAGAUAAUCUUUUUUUGACGUGGUUUUAACUUUUCAAAUAGUUGCCCAGGCAAUGCUGCUAAAACUGUUAUAACGACUAGCUAGGGAAGCGAGAAUGUGAGGAUAAUAUAUAAAUAUAUAACUGUAAUAUGUGAUAUUCUUUGUAAUUCUGAUUAGUAUUAAUAUUUAUUGCUUUUAGCAACACAACAAUCUACUGGCCAGCUUAAUGUUUAGGUUUCAUGAUCCACAUAGAAGUGCCUCAACAUCCCAUCGCACACAUUAUGGCUUUCAUAUUCACAUAUUGUAGCGCUUGUAGUGCUGGACCAAAUCAAUAACUGGCUUGUCAUCAAUGUUUUUUCUAUGUUGUCUAAUUGUGUGAUAAUAUAAUGUACUGUAGUGACAUCCAUACAAACUGUAAACAAGGGGAGCAGACCUAAAUGCAAUAUUUUCAUUGCAUUGUCAUAAUAAAAAAAAUCAUUUCCAAAAAGGUCUGCACUAACCUGUUAAAGAGCCAUUAUGUUGUAAUAAAAUGUAAAAACAUUAAUAGUUUCUACUGAAGGCUUUGUGGCCCUCUGCCUGUGGAUAGAGCGCACUCUGCAUGUCCUAAUCUAAGCCUCAAAUAAAAGUUUCAUAAAGCG